AGAUGGGUGCAGGCCGAUCAACAGCACCCCCAUCUUCCUUUAAAGCCGUCCCCUCCCUCUCCAGCCCCCCUUCUCUGCUCGAGGUGCAUUGUGGGGAGGAAAGCCGUUGCCAUUCGACCUCUGCGGGGCCUGCGCGGACGCAGUGAGAACCCUGAAAUUCAUUAUGCCUUCAAAACCUCUAUUUAUUUCCGCAUAACCUACAUACUCUCACCGGGAGGGCCAGCGGCGGAGAAAAGCAACGACGACGGUUCAUCUCUUUCGGGAAACACAUCGUAUGCACAGACGUUGUUUUUUCGUCGGAGGUGGAUACUGUUGAGAAAGUGAAGAUUCUAAUACAUAUUAGGGGGGAAAAUGUCCGGUGAGAGAAACCGCAGGUCGCUGGCUUUCCGAGGGGGUGGACUGGCCGGGUUAACGGGUUCCAGCGGUAUCGGUGGGGGGAACUGUAACAGCUGGGAGGCCCUGGCCUGUCAAGACCGACAUUUUAACGGGAACAGGCCGGAUCAAGAGGAGGACAGGGAUCUGGGGGCGAAAGGACCAUCGCAGGAGAGUGUGGAGGGCGCUGGGUCUGUCAGCGAUAGCACGGAACCCGAGGCGGAGGAAGAAGAGGACCCGGAAGGGGGCAGCUGGACAGCCGCGGACGGCGACGAUCGUGUCGGCUCGGUGGAAGCGGAGAACGGGUCCAGGGAGGGGAGUAGCUGGACAGCGGGGAACGGUCCCAACAACGCCGACAGCCAAGAGUCGGGAAGCGGCGAGACGGGAUCCAGGAAAUCUGGGGUAGAGAUGAGACCGCAGACGCUGCUUCCGAAACACUCAGUGUUCCACGCUCCGUGGCUGCAAGAAUUUCCAUGGCUCAAAUUUAGCCAGAAGACGGGACUCAUGUCCUGCUCCUGGUGUCACAACAUUGCCACUAAAAACAGCGACGAGCUGGUAAAGGGGAGUCGCAACUACAAGCGGGCCUUGUUGCUGAGACAUCACCUGUCUUCGGAGCACGGGAGGAAUGACCCCACCAAACAGGAGACGGCAAGGCCCUCAGACAACGCCAGUCCUUCCACUAACUGCUCAGAGGAAGACUACCGCAGCAAGACCAAUGAGAACUCCUACUGUUACCAGCUUCUCCAGGAGCUGGACAAGCAACGCAAAAGUGGCAUACUCUGUGACGUCAACAUAGUUGUCUCGGGCCAGGUAUUCCGCGCACAUAAAAACAUCCUGGUGGCUGGCAGUCGCUACUUCAAAACCCUCUACUGUCUGACCAAAAGUGAAGACCAAGACCAGGCCACGGUCACGCACCUGGAUGUUGCUGCUCUGCAGGGCUUCUCAGUUCUCCUCGACUUUCUCUAUUCCGGGAACCUGCUGCUUACAAGCCAAAAUGCCAUUGAGGUGAUGUCUGUUGCUAGUUACCUCCAGAUGACAGAAGUUGUACAGUCGUGUAGGGCUUUUAUAAAGGAUGCCCUGAAUAUCAGCAUCAAGCAGGAGGCUCCAGAUUCAGUGGUGGUGGAUUACAAUAAGCGGCAGACGGUUUCCAAAGAGGGACAGAGAAAGCUGGACCGGAAGCCGAGCAACUUCUGGGCCACAAGCAUCCUGUCAAAGCUGUCAAUCAAGGCCAGCAACAACCAAGGAAAAGAUGCAUUGGAAGAAGAAGAUGACAAUGGCAGGGUGAAGGAAGAAACCAGCGACAUAGAGGUGACAGUGAUCGGAAAUGAGGGCUGUGCCCUGGUGACCCAUGGAGCCUCUGGUAACUGGACCCACCAAAAUGAGAACUCUUCUGAUUCAGCAGAGACCAAUGACACACAGUCGGCGAGUGACCAGGUCUUCGUCUGGAACGAGCCUGCCACAGGUGGCGCUGCAGCAACACCUGCAGCAAUGAAACGUGAGGCACCAGAUGCGGCGGCCGGAAGCGGGCGGAGGAAAAAACAGACCACCACACGCCGUUUUGUCUACAACUUCCCACCAGAGCCUGAAGAGGGAUUCGAUGAGGGGAUGUUCAUCCAGCCUUCGGCUUCCUACCCCAGAGAGGACUUCUCCUCCCUCUCUGAAAAUGCUGAGCUGGCCAAUCAGAUCCAGUAUAGCAUCAUCCAAGACUUACAGCAAGGCGAGUCCUGGGAGAAUGGUGAGUCCUCACACCUAGCCCUCAAUAAGCUCAAGUGCCCCCACUGUAACUACAUCGCCAAGCACCGGCGCACGCUCAAGAGGCACCUGAUCAUCCACUCAGGCGUUCGCUCAUUCAGCUGCGACAUCUGCGGCAAGCUGUUCACCCGCCGUGAGCACGUAAAGAGACAUUCCCUGGUGCACAAGAAGGACAAAAAGUACAAGUGCAUGGUGUGCAAGAAGAUCUUCAUGCUUGCAGCCAGCGUUGGAAUCCGCCAUGGUUCACGGCGCUACGGUGUGUGCGCCGACUGCGCUGACUCGCACCAGGCCACUCAGGAGGGCCUGGAGGGCAUGGAGUUCCCUCGCGAUGAAGACUUCGAAGGCGAGGAAGGGGACGACCUGGAGGGGGACGAGCCUACCGACAAUGACCAAUCAAAUUGGGGUGAGGGCAACGCUGGUGCUGCCCAAGAAAAGGACUAAGAAUUUUAAAAACAAGCUUCAGAAACAAAAUUAAAAGUUGAUGUUUAAUAUAUAUGUAUUCAAAAUCUAGCUGGUAAACAAUCAACUCCAAAGUGCUAUCAAACCUUGAGGUUACUUAAUUGUGCAAGUAUAUGACGAAGAGAUGGGUUAAGAAAAAGCUUUGGUAGAGUGGGAACUCCAAGAUGUACAGAUUUUAUUAUUGUUCAAAUGUGUCCAACUCUGGGCCCAGAGCCCACAAGAGAAAGAUUCUAACGACUAAUAAUAUGAUAAAUCAGGUUUUUGGUGGUGUACUUUUAUUUCCUGUUAUUUCGGGGGAGAGUUGGGCAGGGUGAUGACGUAGUUUUUGUGUUGGGGGGUGGGGGAUGGGGGGGGUAGGCCAAUCAUCUAAAAAACGUAGAAAAAAAAAAAGAACUGUUAAUUAUUUAAUUUAUGAAGAGAGGUUAUUAUGGUCUUAUCAAAUGCUCUAAUUUUUAUUUCUGUUUUUGUCUGCAGCGAGGCACAGUCAUGGCUGCUGCUUUCGUCUCAAUCUGAGAGUAUAUUGCUUGGUGCUUGUAGAAGUACUCGGCAGAAGAGCAUUAUUGCCGACAGGAAGAUUUUUAACUUGCUCUGUAGAUCUUGUUUAGAUGCGCUGAAUAUUAUAUUAUUCUUUCUCUUUCUUUUGUUCUUUCUUUCCCUGCAAAGAUCUUGGAACCAAAAAAUCUGUUUUGUGACUCUAAUGUAUGACAGCCAUAUUUAUGAUUAAUUUAAGAGGGCUGUGAUAUGAUGCCAAACAGACCGCACACCAAGAUUUAGCAGGAUACAAAAACUACUGAAUACGCUAAAAAAAAAAGAAAGACGAGAGGGUUUUCUUGUAAAGCGGGAAAAAGCGAUUAAUUUAAAAAAAAAAAAUAGAGAAGAAGCGAAAGUACAAGGGGAAAUGUUAUUGCUAGCUUUAUACAAAUCACGGCGUCACAGUAACACUUUAUUAAAAGCAUUUGACUUUCACUUAAAGCUUGAAUUUUGCCAAAUGACGAAACGUUUGGUGCUGUAAUGCUUGUUGCAGAAUACUGGACCUACAGGCUAUAUAUGAUGUUUAUAAUCAUAAAGCUUAAACUGACUCAGUUAUACAUAUGUAAUCAGCUUAAACUAUAGAACACUGUUGUGCUACGGCGACUAUCAGGUAAUGCUUUGCCAUUAUUUUUAAGCUUUGUAUUUUAUUUAAUGCAAACACACACACAUGCCAUUUUGUAGAACUACCGGCAGUACUUGUAAUUGACGUUCUGAGGACCUAAGUGGACAUCGAUACCUUUAUACGUUUGUUUAUAUUUGGUACUGAGUUAUAUAAUAAAUACAAUAUAUAAAUAUAUAUAUAUUUUGAAUCACUUGAACGUUGGCUGUGAGGGAGAAAUGUGCAGAAAGUCAUGAUGUGUGAUGUUUUAACUCCAUUUUUCAUGUGUAAAAGGCAUACCAGAUGUCAUCUGUUUAAUUUGAUGUAAGUUUGUUUUUAUUUCUUAGGUCUGCCAGGUAGAAAAACACUUUGUUCCACAAAAAGUGAAGCUCUAUGGCACCUCAUAGACAUGCACUUACUUUUGCGUUCAUGAGAAUAAUUUUUCUUUUUGUCUUUGUUUUCUUGCUUCCCCAAAAAGCGGGUCUGAAUGGAACUAUAUAUAUAAAAAACAACUGUUGUGUCUUUCUUCCAAUGCGCAACUUUUUUUAUUAGACAUUUUGUUUUGUUAUUUAAUAUUAUAUAUUGACUCCAAAAUGCAAUCAAGACUGUUAAUUUCUAUUUGUCCAACCAAAAUUGUUUUUUUUUUAAUUAUUGUUGAAAUAUAAUGUAUAAGAAAAGCCAGGUGAAAACUUGCUUAGUGUAGAAAAUCCUUGCUCGUGUCUGUAAUUGUUGAGAUUUUUAAAUGUUUAUAUGCGACAGAAUCAUUCACUUUACCCUAGAUACAUAUUUGUUUUGAUUUGUUCUUUCCAACGACGUUUCCUUCUCAAUUGUUUUUUUCAUUAAGCACAUAUUUUCUAACGAAACAUGGAUUGUUUGCGGGUUAAAACCUUGGAACAGCAGUAUCUGUUCAUAUGCAGUGGAUUAUUAUACAGUUAUGUACUGAAGUGCUAAUGAUACAGACAAUGUGUAACUUCCCUUUACUCUUAGUGGAAGAAGAGCUAUUUUAAGUCAUAGAGAUGUUCAUCCUCUUGGUGUCACUUUUACCUUCAAAUCACUGUGGGAGGGGUUAUAUUAUGGAUAUAUAUAUACAUAUGUGGAGAUAUAUGAGAUAAAUAUAUAUAUAUAUAUAUAUAUAUGAAGAAAAUAUUAUUUAACUAGUGGAUUUACUUAAUGGAACACAUUGACAGUCAGCCACAAACCUCCUGACGUGGUGGUUUAUUUCCGUGAACUUAAACCUUCCGCUUUCUCUCUCUCUCUCUGUUCACGCUGUGUGCUUGUUCAUCACGCCAUCCUGUUGUCUUGUUUGUUCUUUUUAUACUAUUUACCAUCCUACUGAUUUUACUGUAAUGAAUGAAACUCAAAAACUAUGAUGUAUCAUUUUAGAUUUUAUGCUGUAUUUGUUAUAUGGACAAAAAAAAACACGAAAAACAAAGCAAAAACACUACAGAAGUAAAGCAGAGGUUUUUUUUCCCCAGCUGUAUUUUUUUACGCUGUUGCAAAGGGUUGUAUUUUUCAAUUUCUCGAACUUUAACAGUGAUGCAAACUCGGGCCGCGCCUCAGUGCCCUCUGAACACAAAGCAAAUUCAGGUUACUCUUUUUACGUUUUUAUCAAAGGUUUUCAAAGAUGGAAUUACAUUUUCCUCUUUCCUCUCUGAAUUGUACUACUGUUCCUCUCUCUACUACAUUUUACGAAUAAAACUUUGAUAUUGCUUUAA